UAAUUCAAGCAUGCAGCUGCAAUCACUGAUUCUCUCUCAUCAUCAAAGUAUUUCAAAUACAAAAAGUCUUUUAAUAGUUUGCUCAGUGAUGAAAGGCAAGAAAUUACACAAACUAGUCAUAGUACACACAAACACACACACACGAAAAAGUCAACCAAUGAGAGCUGGCCUCUUGGUCCCACAGCAAAUGACGUGUAUCACUCAUCAACUUUGUCCCUACUGUUUACCUAAACACAUGUUACUCUUACCCUCUCGGCUGGGUCCCGUCCUGCUGAGUAGGAGUAUCAUAUAUUGUCCUAGUGCUAAAGCAGAUCAGGUAGACGCACAGGAAGAGGGGAAACAUGGGUUUUAUGACUCUCUUCUGUCUGCUGCUGCUGCGGCCUGGCUUCGCCGCUCUAAUGAGAUCUCCAUUGGACGAAGUAGGAGGAAAGCUGCGGGUGAACAGGAGCACUGCGCUUUUUCAUCACUCUUACAGUCAAAUGGACAUAGUUUCUUAUCCGGGUUCUUCUCCUGAUGCCUCAGAGAGUGGUCGGCAGCGUCGGUCAGCUCUGUUACCUGAUAUCACCCAUCUGGAAAUGCUGGUGGUGGUAGGACCUGAUGUCCAGCAGGUCCACAAGCAGGACACAGAACGAUACAUCCUCACCAACCUCAACAUUGCCUCAGAGCUGUUGAGAGACAUGACGCUGGGCGCCAACAUGAGGGUGCACCUGGUCCGCAUGAUCAUCCUGUCAGAGCCAGAGCCAGAGAUCCAAAUGUCUACCAACAUCACCUCUUCUCUUAGAAGUGUGUGCGACUGGGGCAGAAGGAUAAACCCCUCUAACGAUACAGACCCACUACAUGCUGAUCUUCUUUUGUACAUUACAAGGUAUGACCUGGUGUUGCCUAAUGGGAACAAGCAGGUCAGAGGAGUAGCACAGCUGGGUGGGGCUUGCUCCAGUGAAUGGAGCUGUGUGAUCACAGAGGACACAGGGUUUGACCUGGGGAUCACUAUCGCUCAUGAAAUUGGCCACAGUUUUGGAAUAAACCAUGACGGAGUGGGAAACACCUGCAGCAGGAGUGGGUUCAUGAUGGCCUCUGAUGGGGGCUACAACAGUGUGGAUCUGACCUGGUCGCCGUGCAGCAGACAACAGCUGCUCACAUUCUUCAGUGAAGGGAAAGCUGAAUGUGUUAAAGACCUUCCUGCCCUGGGAGGCACCCUACAGGACUGGAAGCCUGGUCUGUACUAUGGAGUUGAUGACCAGUGUCGAAUAGCUUUUGGAAGCACUGCAAGAGCCUGCUCUUUCACCAAUCCGGACUUGCCGGCUUGUCGUGUUCUGUCCUGUCACAUUAACCCUAAUGAUGACAGCUCCUGCAAACGCCUCCUGGUUCCACUGCUGGAUGGGACAGAGUGUGCACCAAAUCAAUGGUGUUUAAAAGGGCGCUGUGUGUCCCCAGACGAGCUCAGCUCCUCUGCGGUGGUGGUGCAUGGCUCGUGGUCAAGCUGGUCUGAAUUCUCCCCCUGCUCACGGACAUGUGGUGGGGGAGUCACUCACCGCACACGCCAAUGCACCAACCCAAGACCUGCUUUUGGAGGGAAUGAUUGCGAGGGUCCGGAUAUUGGGGCUGAACUUUGUCACCAACAACCAUGUGAGAACACCCAGUUGGAUUUCAUGUCAGAGCAGUGUUCUCAAACAGACCGCCACCCUCUCUACCUGAUACCAAACACUGCCUCCUUCUACACCUGGAUCCCUGCCAUAGGCUUUGUACAAGGGGAUGAGCAAUGCAGGUAUAUGUGCCAGUCGGAUGGAGAAAACUUCAUAGUGAGCCGCGGCUCUCAGUUUGUGGAUGGAACUCGUUGUGAGUCAGACAGCCCGCCUCCCUUUGGCUCUACAGCUGCUUGUCUCAGAGGGAAAUGCCAGCUGUUUGGCUGCGAUGGUGUGCUGCACUCUGGGAAAGUGAGGGAUGUGUGUGGGGUGUGUGGCGGAGAUGGAUCAUCCUGCAGUUUGACUUCUGACUCCUACACUGGUGGUCAGGCCAAAGAGUACACCACCUUUCUCACUCUGCCAGUGAAUGCCACACAGGUUCAUAUUGUGAACAGGGCACCUCUGUUCACUCAUAUGGCUGUAACAACUGGGGAUCGGUACAUUGUGUCUGGAAUGGAAAGCAUGGCACUCAAUAUGACCCACCCAUCCCUACUGGAUGAUAACCGGCUAGAGUACCACCUGCACCUGACCCCUGACCUUUUGCCUGAGAUGGAGGAGUUGCUGCUGCCUGGACCGGUGCAACAGGAGAUAAAUAUACAGGUUUAUCGCAAAUAUGGAAAAGAAUAUGGAGAGAAAACAAAUCCAAACAUUAGCUACCAGUUCCAUGUUCCUACCAGAAAUUACAUGAAAGACAUCACACCUAAAGGCAAAUGGGUUGUCUUCACAACACCCUGCUCUGUCUCAUGUGGAUCGGGUGUACAGAAGCACAUAUAUGUCUGUGUAGACAGAGACACCAAUGACCAUUUGGAGGAACAUAAUUGUGAUGCAUCUCCUCCAGCCGUACCACUUCAAAUAACCUGUCAGCUCCCACCCUGUCCACCUAGGUGGGAGACAGGCAUGUUUGGCCCCUGUAGUGCCUCCUGUGGUGGAGGAGAGAGAGUGCGUCCUGUAGGAUGUGUUCAGAAACAGGGAGCCGAUGUUCUGAAGGUUCCAGAUUCUGAAUGCCCUCCUGAUUCAGCUCCAAAUGCUGUUGAAAAAUGUAAUCUUCAACUCUGUCCAGCCAGAUGGCGUGUGUCAGAGCCAGGGGAAUGUUCAGCAGUGUGCGGGCCAGGAGAGGCCAAACGCGUUGUGUCAUGUGUCCGGUCAGAGGAGGGUCAGGAUGUUGAAGUGGAUCAAGGCUUCUGUUCAAAUCAAAUAAAACCACCCGAUUCUGUGCGCUGUGUGGUAGACGUUUGUCCAAUUGGAUGGGAGUCGAAGGGAGAGCAGGACCAGCCUGGUCCAAAGUCUGGUUUGUUGCCACGCUCUAGACAAGCUCCCGUGUAUGUCUGGAGUCCCGUUAUCAGCCAGUGCUCAAAGACCUGUGGCAAUGGAACCCUGCAGGUGUGGUUUUCCUGUGUGGACCACCAGACCAGACUGGGGGUGCCUGACUUCCACUGUGAUGCUUCUACCAAACCUCCCCCUCAGUCUGAGACCUGCAACACGUCUCCCUGCCCUCUCAUGUGGCGCUCUAAGCUAGGAGUCUGCAGUGUAACGUGUGGAGGAGGGGUUGCCAAGCGGGUGCUGUACUGCGCUGGAGAGACAGAAGAGGGGGAGGAGGAGGUGGUGGAGGAUGCACAGUGCAGUGACUUUCCCAAACCCACAGCAGUAGUGUCAUGUAACACCCACAGUUGCCCAGCAAGGUGGAAGGUUCUGAGGACAUCGCCCUGCUCUGUGUCUUGUGACCUGGGUGUAGCUCAGAGGACUGUGUCUUGUGUCCAGUUCGUCCACAGCAAGGAGAGCGUGGUGCCAGAGGAAACCUGCCAUGCAGCUGUCAAACCGGCCACCACAGUGCCUUGCCUGGUGCAGGUCUGCACCUUCAGAUGGGAGGUGAAGCCGUGGAUCCAGUGCUCCGUACCCUGCGGAUACGGGAUCCAGUCCAGAGCUGUGUCCUGCAUGGGCCCCUCUAAGCCUGAACCCCUCAGCCCUCUGCUUUGUAUGCACAUGCCUAAGCCCAUCACCAUCCAGGGUUGCUACAUGGGCAGCUGCAGAGACAUACCUUCUACCUCAGAUGUCACCCCUGCUGUACGUACAGAGAGACCUCUCCCGUCUCCCACCCCGAGCCACAAAGAUACACCACAGCACCGCGCAGGCCAUAUUACUCCAAGUCCAACAGAGACAAUCACAUAUCCGCAGACCACAACAACAAACACUGUGACACCCAAACCCAGCGCAUGUGGAAGGCUACUCCUGGAACAAUCAGGCACAGUGGACUUGAAAGACGUAACUGGCCGCUGCACAGUAUCCAUAGGUCGACCCCUGGAUGAGGUCAUUCACAUCAAAGUAGAGUCCAGCUCCUUGAACUGCAGAAAGAAGGAGUAUGUGGCAUUUUAUGACCGACUGGCAUUAGUGAGAAGGUGCGAGCAGGUAGCAGGUAGUGAGUUGACCACCAGAACCAACGUCCUGCUCGUGCGUCAGCAUCUGCUCACACCCGGAGACGGGGUUGUACUCACCUACAACUCUCAAAAAAACACGAAGAAGACUCAUCAUCAGGAUUGUGACAUACAGCUGUUUUCUCCCAGCGGUGAAUUCGAGAAUCCGACAACAUCCAGCACAAACCACACCUGUCGAGUCCUCAUCAACGCCCCGCCUUCAGUGAAGAUCAGAAUCCAAGCACUACACAUAGGAUUAGUAUUCAACACCACCAACUUCCAGUCUACAUACAUUAUGAUCCGGGACAUAGAUGUCUUGAAGACCAACGUGUUUAAAGGCCAGCAGCUGUUUCAGUGGCACUCCUCUGGAAAUAUGGCGGAGAUUGAAUUUCAUGGAGAUUACCUAUAUUCCAAAGGGAGCUUCAGAGCUGAAUAUUCCUUUAUACGUCCUUGAUGCUAAAUAUGAACAAUGUCGAGGUGGUUUGGAUGCAAACUUUUGAAGUUUCUUUACCUGAAACAUACUUGAGUUUUUUAACAUAAAAUAAAUACCAUGAAGCCAUUCGCUUCUAUUCUGUUGAAUAGAAAAGUAGAAAAAGAGACUUCGUUUUCAUACCUGUAUGUACUAAUUAUGUUGACCCGAAAUAAAUGAUAAACAAAUUAAAGC